AAUAUAAAAAUUAAUACUUAAUUAUAAAAAUAAUAAUAAAUAUAAGUAGUUUAAAAUAUAUAUUUUUGUCACCCCAACUAUGUAACCUUCGAAUAUAAUAUAUAAUAGUUAUUUUCUUCAUAUCUCUUAAAUUUAAAAUUCUAGAUUUGUCCCCAUUCACUAUUAUAUAAGGUUUUGUAAAAAUAGAUGAAGGUAUAAUUUUCUUUUCUUACGCAAAGACAAAUUUUCUUUUUCUUCAAAUUCUUUUGCUUUCUCAUGCAUGCAUACAUGCAAGCUUCACAUCUUAGUUCAUCAUUGAUUUGACCAUCAAAGAGGAUAACACCGAACAAUACCAAUCCUCAUUUGACAAACUUUGUUUUGUAGAACAUCGAAAUUGAAUGUACCUACAAACUGACAUCAAUCACAUAUAGUGAGUGAUGAAGGGCACUAUCAUCAAAUACUUCUAUAUUAUUUUUUAUCCUUCUAUAUAUUUUUCUCCCUAUAUACAAAGUAAUGAUCCAACUAUUAAAGAGUUACUUUGAAGACAUGAAAUCAUUUUUCACAUCAAUUCAAUAUAUUUUUCUCUUUUAAAAUUAUUUUAAAAAUAUCAAAAAAAAUAAGGACAUAAUUAUCUUUUAUAAUUUUUUUUAUAUUUAACUUUGGUAAAAAAAAGGUUAAAUAUUAUUUUUAAAAUACCAGGAGACAAAAUGCUCUUCUAUAGAAAAUAGAGGGGGGUUAAAGUUAUUUUUCCAAAAUAAAAAAUAGCUUUCGUUUCAAGUUUUCCCCAAUUCUUUAUUUUAUUUUUGGCGGUUCAUCCCUCGUCGUCCGCCGCUGUCGCCGUUUCCGGCGGCCGUGCGUCGCUUCUCCGCCAUCCAAUUUUAAGCAAGCCAUCGAAUUGCCAUGGCGGAUAAGAGGAUCGGAGUUAAGAGAAGGCAAACGCAAAGGCCGCGGAAGGAGGAGCAGCGGAAGGAGAGGGGGUACGUCCUGCCUCCAUAAGGAAGGCUUCCUCUCCCUUUUCUCUUUUUCUUCUCUAUGUUCCCUCUCCGGCCAUGCCCGGCGCCGCUGAAUCUCUCGGCUUCUUUGCCUUCUACAAAACCGCCAUAUGCGAAUGCUUCCUGAUCGCGUUCCUCCUCUACAACGCUGCCUUGGCCUACCUCGCCACCCGAUUCGCUCGCUUCUGCAACUUGCCGCCUCCCUGUCUCCUCUGCUCCCGGCUGGACAACCUCCUCGGCGGCGGCGAGAGGAACGGCUUCUAUAAGCGUCUAUUCUGCCAUGCACACAAGGUGGAGAUCUCCUCCAUGGUCUACUGCCACGACCACAAGAAGCUCGCCGACCUCCGCGACAUGUGCCACGCCUGCCUCCUCUCCUCCACCACCGUCUCCGCCACCGGCCACGAGACCUACACUCUCCUCGGGAGAAAUCUCAAGCUGAAACCCGACGACCACAACGACGAUGGAGACGGCGGCAUUCCCAACCACGCUCCGCCGUCGUCGAACCACAAACUCCGACCAACACCCGCCGGCACGAGCGUGUGCUCAUGCUGCUCCGGCACAUUCCAGCGUCCGACACCGAAGAAGCAACCGAAAAGAGACGUCGAACCGUACGACGAGCUGAAGCUGCCCUCCGACUCCGACUCGGAGGCGUCGCUCUCGGAGAACUGCGAUGGAUAUCCUCAGUCACGUGCGACCAAAGCCGCGAAGGAGAAAUCCAGGUGGCGGCGCCGACUGCCACCAAGCAUGCCCUUCAGCUACCGGACCUCGCCCAAAACCGCAUCGACGGAGAAAGUGCCCGAGAAAUUGAUCCAUCCUUGCACGCCCGGCGGCGCGAUGAAGUUAAGCGGAGAAGUCAAGAACAAUCCUGAACAAGUCCAUCGAUCCAUCGAAUCAUCCGUCCGGGGCAAUGGCUUCAAGAAGGCGAUAGGAAACAGGGGAUUCAUUCUCUCCCCGCGCUUCUCCGAGGUCGUCGCCGGCAAGGAGUCUUCCCGCGCGCAGGAGGAUCUAAAGCAGCGCCUCUCCCGGGCGCUCGACUCGCUGUGGAGCAACGAAGCCACUGCUAGUCCGAGAAUCGACGACCUGAAGUCCAGCGACGCUUCGGCGGCGGCGUUGCAGAACCUCGCCAGCCGGCUCUCCAUCAGCCGAUGCAACUCGAGCAUGGACUUCGCCGCCAUCGUGUCCGACGUCGAGGGCGAGACCUCCAUCGCCCGGCUGAAGCAGCAGGUGGAGAUGGACAGGAAGUCCAUCAGCGCGCUCUGCAAGGAGCUCGAGGAGGAGCGGAGCGCGUCGACGGUGGCGGUGAACGAGGCGAUGGCGAUGAUCACGCGCCUGCAGGAGGAGAAGGCGGCGAUGCAAAUGGAGGCCUCGCAGUACCUCCGCCUGCUCGAAGAGCAGGCCGAGUACGACCAGGAGGCCAUCGAGAAGCUCAACGAGCUGCUCGACGAGCGCGAGAAGGAAUGCCUCGAUAUGGAAGCCGAGCUCGAAACCUUCCGAAGAGACUCCUCCUCCUCCACCGCCGCCGUCAAGAUCUGCGGAGCCGCCUGCGGCGCCAAGGAUCUGCUACUGAACGUCGAGCAGGAGAAGUUUCAGGUGUCCGAUAGCUUAAAGAAGCUCCAAAACAAACUCGCUCUGUUUUCCGCCAAGCAGCAGCCGCCGCCGCCUCCAUUGGCCGGCGAGGAGACCGGAGAAGAAGAUCCAGAGAUCGGCAGCUUGAAGGACGAGGUGUCGGGAUUGACCGAGAGGAUGGAGGCGAUCGAAGAAGAUCGGGAGUUCCUCCGGCAGGCCCUCGCCGCGCUGCGGCAUGGAGCCGAGGGAAUGCAGUUGGUGCAGGAUAUCGCGUGGCAAUUGAAAGGGUUACGAAGAGAAUUAAAAGAGGGGAUUACGGCUAAUUAAUACGUCUUAUCAAUUGAAUUGAUGAUUAAUGUGGCCAUUUAUGACUAAUGCUUUUAAGUUUUGUAAUAGAGACAUCAAGAGGAGUGUUAGAAGUUUGUGUCAUCAAUCUUGUUAUAGUAUAAUACGUAUCAUCGCUAACUUUGUGCUAUCUUUGUUCCACUUUGUG